UGAUUGAAUGUCAGAAUGUGCAUUUUUAAGAACUCACAGCACCAAAGAGCCAUGCGUCGUAUCUCCCCUCACAACCCGGUGCGCCGGCGACUCUUCCCCGAGGCACAUAUAGAAGAGGAAGCCCGCAUGGACAACUGCGCCAAUGUGCUGCAAGAAUCUAUAGCCAGGGACCAAGCCGCCAUGACAAAGAAAUAUAAUUUUGACUUCGCAACCGAGACUGCGCUACCAGGCGAAUGGGAUUGGUCUACGCGCGACGACGAAAAUUGGAUCGGGUUCAAAUCGAACACGAUGGAAACUACGCAAAAAGAUAAAGACUGCGUUGAAAUGAGACUAGAAAAUGAGACCACCCCGAAAGAAAAACCUGACAAGGAAUUGCCUGCUGUUAGAAAGAGAAAGAGCGAUGCGGCGGCGAGCGACAGCGGAGCGAGAAGGAAGAUCAGUUUCGACUAAAAUGGAAAUGCGCGUUUAGGGUUGUCACACGCUUAUAAAGUGCCACUUAAAGUUUAAUAGGAUAUUAACAUUUCUCUUAGUUACUG